AUGGGAGAUGCUCAUGUCACUCAAGACACACUGGCCAAUCAGACACUUCAGACAGACCUGCCAGUCACAGAGGAGGACGGUUUUUCCGGGUGCGAAGAGAAUGCAGUGACCUAUGAUGAUGUGUGUGUAAACUUCACUCCGGAAGAGUGGACUUUACUGGAUCCUUCACAGAAGAGUCUCUACAGAGAUGUAAUGCUGGAGACCUACAGGAAUCUCACUGCUAUAGGCUACAGUUGGGAAGAUGACAAUAUCAAAGACUAUUUUCAAAGUUCUAGAAGACAUGGAAGGCAUGAAAGAAGUCAUAGUGGAGAGAAACCCUAUGCAUGUAACCAAUGUGGUAAAGCCUUUUCAUGUCAUCAUAGUCUCCAAAUACAUAAAAGAAGCCAUACUGGAGAGAAACUCUAUGAAUGUAAUCAUUGUAAUAAAGGCUUUCCAUAUCCCAGUGCUCUCCGAAUUCAUAAAAGGAUACACAGUGGAGAGAAACCCUAUGAA